AUGCGACUUCUAGCUUCCCAAGCCGCCUUCGCGGCUUUUAUCGCCCUCGCGACCGCCCAUGAAUCUAUGAACGCGGAAAUGGACAUGAACAUGGCGCACAGCGCGCCGGAGCCAACAACCAACCCCGGGACCUCUGAUGGCCCAAUGAGCUACUUCGCCUACGGAAAACACUCCAGCUCCAUCAUAGCCCAUAUCGCCCUCAUGGUUGCGGCUUGGUGUUUCGUCCUUCCAGUUGCUGUCAUGCUCAGUGUCGCGCGCUCUCGGCUUGCACUACCCUUCCAGUUCCUCUUCACGGUCGUCAAUGCUUUCGGCCUCCUUCUCGGCAUCAUCUAUAACGACCAAACACCGGAUCUAUACGUGAAUAAUGCUCAUCACAAAAUCGGAUGGGUUGCCAGCAGUGUGAUAUUUGUCCAGGUACUUCUGGCUUUGCUGUUUACUUUUGCUGGCCGCGCCGAGUCAUCCCAAGUCUCUUAUGAUCAUGCGGAACAUGGUGCUUUCUUACCCGUUGCGACGGAUGAGCAUGAUGAUCGUUACAGGAUUCACGAGCAUCGUUGGUCGAGGGACAGUGGGCAGGGAACAGAUAGCAAUUCAUCCAUCCACAGUCCUGGAUCUCCAUCCGAGUCGCAUGUCGACUACGAUGGCUUUGAGAAGCCUGAGAUGCCAAAGUCUACACCUCGGAGAUGGGCUAACAGUUCCGUUGCUCGAAUCUUGUCCAAGCGUCUGCCUGGCUUUGUUUCUGGCUCGGUCCAUCAAGGAUUAAACGCUGUUUAUAAUGUCAUCGAUCGGAUCAUUCUUCCCUUCGGAUUUGCGGCCAUUGCGACUGGCGCUGUUACCUAUGGUGGUAUCAUGCGAGAACGUGAUAUAUUCAAUGGACUUGCGCACUUCAUCAAGGGUGGAAUCUUCUUCUGGUAUGGUGUUAUCACCUUGGGCCGCUAUAUGGGCUGCUGGGCCGACCUCGGCUGGGCCUGGAACAAGAAGCCAUCCGCAUCCAUUGUCGGCUGGAAAUCCAAAGUUCCCUCCGCCGAAGCAACAGAGUCCUUUGUCAUCUUCCUUUACGGUGUCACGAACGUUUUCCUGGAACAUUUGUCCAACGCCGGUGGGGCAUGGUCUCCCACCGACCUUGAGCAUGUUUCGAUCUCCGUGCUGUUUUUCGGUGGUGGCCUGGCCGGUAUGCUCUUCGAGUCCACCCGCAUUCGCGACUGGCUGAACAGCACCGUUCUUCAAACCCCUGCCCAUGGGGACUCUGAUGAGGCUUGGCAACCGCCGAGAUCUCAGGGUGUGUCUUUGAACCCGAUGCCUCCUUUGAUCAUCCUGCUGCUAGGCAUGAUGAUGGGGUCGCACCAUCAGGACAGCAUGACAUCCACCAUGGUGCACAAACAGUGGGGUAACAUGUUGGUUGGAUUUGCACUGGCUCGGGGUAUGACAUACGUUCUGUUGUACCUCAAGCCACCAACCUCGUACCUCCCGGCUCGUCCCCCUACCGAGAUCAUUGCUGCAUUUUGUUUGAUCUCCGGAGGUCUCAUCUUUAUGCUGAGUACCCGCAAUGUCAUUGAAGCCAUGGAGUUUUACCAAGUGGACGCCAUGUUCACCUUCACCGUUGGAUUAGGCUUCAGUGCUUUCGUCAUGUCUUAUGAGGUCUUGGUGAUCGCUCUCAAGGCCUGGUCCGUCAAGCGUACCCAGCGCUCACAACUCAACUUUCGAUUUCCGUGA